AGUUAAACAGAGAAUGAGACAUCUUUUGCAUCGCUUAACGCCAGCUGGGCUUUUCUCACUAAAACGCAGUAAAGGCCAAGUUUCCUGAAAUUGAGUGCUUGACAUAGGGACCUAUCUGAUUAAUUUUAAAACGCCGACAAAUAAAUUUUUUUAGGGAUUCGUCAUUGGCGUCGACUUGCAAAUAUCAGGGCUGCAACCUUUUGAAACUACUGCGGGAGACGUAGAGAUGAUCGUCGCACAUCAAACUUUAAGGUGCUGCAAGCCAGCAUGGCGUGUCCUUAGUGUACAUUCAAAGAGAACAUUGCGUCAGUUUUCUACCACACCCCAUGCAAUGGCGUCUUUUAAGCAUAAACAUUCCAAGAGAAUAGAGGGACUGGAUAAGAAUGUUUGGGUGGCCUUUACCUCUGUAGCAGCAGACCCUUCCAUUGUCAACCUGGGCCAAGGGAACCCAGACAUCCCUCCUCCAGCGUACAUCAAGGAGGGUCUGGCACAGGCUGCGGCACUGGACAGGCUGAACCAGUACACAAGAGGAUUUGGGCAUCCAUCUCUAGUCAAGGCACUGUCCCAAGUGUACGGGAAAGUAUAUGACCGAGACAUUGACCCAUUCAAAGAGAUUCUGGUGACAGUAGGAGGCUAUGGCUCUUUAUUCAGUAUCAUGCAAGGUCUGGUAGAUGAAGGAGAUGAGGUUAUAAUUAUUGAGCCUUUUUUUGAUUGCUAUGUACCCAUGGUUCGAAUGGCGGGAGCAAAGCCUGUUCUAAUUCCCUUAAGACUUAAGUCUGAAAACAAGGCUAGCAUCACUAGCGCUGACUGGGUUCUGGAUCCAGAUGAGCUUGCAAGUAAAUUUAACUCAAAAACCAAGGCUAUAAUUAUCAACACACCCAACAAUCCUGUUGGGAAGAUUUUCACCAGAGAGGAGUUGCAGGUGAUUGCUGACUUGUGCACCAAGCACGACACGCUCUGCUUCAGUGAUGAGGUUUACGAGUGGCUGGUGUACAAAGGCCACAAGCACAUCAAAAUAGCUACUCUCCCUGGCAUGUGGGAUAGAACCAUCACUAUCGGCAGUGCUGGGAAGACGUACAGUGUGACUGGAUGGAAGCUUGGCUGGUCCAUUGGCCCAGAACACUUGGUAAAACAUCUUCAGACAGUCAUGCAGAAUACAUUGUAUACCUGUCCAACUCCUUUACAGGAAGCCGUAGCUCAGGGACUCCUCCGGGACUACAGCCUCAUGGGCAGCCCGGACUGCUACUUCUCCUCGCUGGCUGUGGAGCUGGAGGACAAGAGGGAGCGCAUGGCCGCCAUCCUCCGGUUGGGCGGCAUGUCCCCCGUCGUCCCCGAGGGGGGCUACUUCAUGAUCGCUGAUGUCACUUCCCUCAACAAAGAUCUGUCACACAUGGGAGACAAUGAGCCGUAUGACUACAAGUUUGUGAAAUGGAUGAUCCAGGAAAAGAAACUGGCAGCUAUUCCAGUGACGGCCUUCUGUGGGGAGGAUUCUAAGAAGCAGUUUGAGAAGUACAUCCGCUUUUGCUUCAUAAAGCAAGACAGCACUUUGGAUGCAGCUGAGGUUAUACUGCGUAACUGGAACAAAGACUCCUAAUUCAGCAAUAAGUGAAACACUGUCCCUGCUUCCGAGGUUGCAACUUCUUAGUAGAAAUGCGAAGCAUGUUCUUUGACAAAAUACUGUUGCAGUAUGUGCCACAAAAAACAGCCUAAUCCAGAUUUGUAAUUUAAGUAAAGAAAAUAAUAUUUCAUCCGUAGGCCUUAUGCCCUUUCGUUGAUGUCAUAUGUGGAACCCUUGUAUGACCAUCAAGCAAUAACAAAAAUAAAAAUAAAUAAACUAAACAAAAUCAAAAGUGAAGUAAUGUGUGUUGAGAUCAAAAAUAAAAUGGGAAAUGCUUUAAAAAUA